AGAAAAAGCGCGACGAAGAAAAAGAUGGCGGACAUGCCAAACCAAAACAUCGCCUGAACUAUCAAAAAAGAUGUGACAACUGUAAAACGAACUAUUAAUGUUAAAAAUUUCCUUUUUUUUUUAUUCAAGUCGAGGUAAAAAAAAUGUCUUUGAGUGCGACGUGUGAGUCUGUUGCUCAGAAAAGGACAUUGUCGAGCCUCCUCGCUGGUCGUGUGCUGAAGAAGCCAAAGCUUGGAGAUGGUCGGAGGUUGCAGGUGGAAGCAAUCCAACUGUUGGAGCAACAUCAGGACCUUAGCAGCCUGUUUCAGGAGGUGGUGACUCCAGAUUUGUGCAACACUUUGGGCUCUCAAAACGAUGAACAGAAACCGUCUUUGCCGAAGGGAAUCUGCUCUCCCUUCGCUGGAUCUUUGCUGUUGAAUGAACUGAAGCGUCAGGCCGCACAAAUAGGCGUGUCGGUCACUGUGCUUUCAGCGAGGAUGAUACUGGAAAGACUGGUGGAGAUCACUCAAGAGACCGAUGAAGAAAAGCAGGAAGAAAACAGUAGCCGAGGGAUGUUCACGUGUCAUCAGAGGGUCCAGCUGUGUGCUCUGUUUGAGUCCGGCAGAGAACUGCUGUCACUGGGAGCCCUUUGCCCUAAACUGCUCUGGCAGGAGUACAGGAGAGGUCAGAAACUUCCCAAACUGGAGGUUGUGUACUAUUUACAUUCAUACAACAUCCUCUCCCUGAAGUCCAUCAUGAAAAGUGAUGAAGGUGUUGGAACAUGGCUGUUGUCUCAAAUGAAAGCUCUUUCUGAAUGGACACCUCCAGACACAGAGGAAGAAACCAAAAAAGUUCAAAAGAAAGUUUUAUCAACUGUGGUUGGCUUCUUGGUGGGAGGAGGCUUCGAGAAGAUCCACGACGCCGCAGCAACAGACGUUAAGAUCUCCCUGCUGUGCUGCUCUGUGAUGGACGAUCUGCUCCUCUGGGUUUUGGACAUUGUGGACAAAAGUUCAGCACAUCAGUCAGUUGAGACAGGAGCCAAGCUUUGGCUUGAAAUAUUUGAUUCAUCCCUUUGUGGGGUCUUAGCGACAGAAGAGGCGGUCCAGCGUUUUUUUACUCAUUUCCUUACACAGACUCUCACCUACAAACCUCAACUAUCAGUGUCGGAUGCCAUAAGUCUGCAGAAUGAAUGGACUUUUGCCAAAGCCAGCUGCUGUCUGACUACACUUUUCCGAAAGCUGGCGGUGGUUUUCAGUGUGGGCCAGCUCUUGGGUCACCUGCAGCGGGUUCUGGAAACUCACGAGGUCAACUGGAAACAUGUCCUCUGCUUCCUCUCCACUCUCUUGGUUUAUGAGCAGUCUGCCCAGUCCAGCCUCAAAGACCUGCUGUCCAGACUUCUGAACUCUGCAUUUCACGGCUAUGACCUGGAGAACAUGAUAACUGCCUUCUUGUUGGCUCGACAGGGUGCGCUGGAGGGUCCCGCCAUCUUUUUUUCCUACAGUGACUGGUUCAAGAUGUCUUUCGGCAGUGGCAGUGGCUACCAUGCAAACAGCAAGAAAUCCCUGGUGUUCCUGUUGAAGUUCCUCUCUGACCUGGUGCCCUUUGAGCCUCCACAGUACCUCAAGGUUCACAUCCUGAACCCUCCUUAUGUGCCUGUGAAACACCGCAGUCUUCUCAUGGAGUACGUUUCUUUGGCAAAGACUCGACUUGCUGACCUAAAGGAGUCUGUGGAGGACAUGGGUUUAUAUGAAGAUGUUUCCGGUGCAGCAGUGCAGCCCGAAUGUCAGGCGGAGCAGGAUGUGGAGAAAGCCGUGUCUUUGUUUAGGACCACUGGCAGGAUCUCUGCGACAGUCAUGGAGGCCAGUAUCUUCCGGAGGCCGUAUUUCUUGACCCGAUUCCUUCCUGCUUUGUUGAAGCCCAGACUGCUUCCCGUGAAACAAGAUGAUCUGAUGAGCUUCAUUGAAGCUUUAAAGAAGGCAGAUAAGAUCCCUGCGGCACUGUAUUCCUCUUAUCUAGAGUCUUGUCAGAAACAGCGACAGCAGAAAAAAAGUGUUGUGUGUUUGGACACCAAAGAUGAUCCUCUGGAGGUUGUCAGGAUUCAGCUGCAGGAGUUCACAGAGCUGGUUACUAGUGGAAACCAUGGAGAGAUGUCAGCCCAGCUGUCCCGGAUCUCCCACACUUUGAGCAUCAUCUUUCCCGGUUGUCCCAAUGAACCGACUGGAAACACCGUCAUCAUCCUGAACACUGAUGGCGCUCUGUUGGCUGAGCUGCACUCGAACGCUGUCAACAUCCUCCUGAGAAACUUCUGUCAGUGUCUGUUAAACGCUUCCAGAUCAAACUCUCCCAACCAACAAAACCAGUGGGCGUCUAUGUUUGUUCGUAUGCUGCUUGGGAACACGCAGCUUCUAUCCAGUCUCAUGAACAGACUGUGGGACCUUUUUCAUAACCAGGGCUCAUUGCUUAAUUCUGCACAUGUACUCGGAUUGGCAGUGUUUGUGGUUCACCUUCAGGCCUCCAUGUCCCACAAUCCCCUGGUUCAGCUGGCUUCAACUGUUCGACAAGAACCGAUCCCGUUCAGAAAUGUUCUCAGCUCGGCUCUUGUGUGCAGCACACUCCCCAACAUGCUCUUCUGUGUCAGGUUGUGUGUUGCCGCUGUGUGUUAUGGGAUCUGCGCCGGAGACUCACUGCCUGAACAGCAACAACAGGAGUUCAUCCCCAGCAGCAUUUUUAAGAAGCUCCUGUACCUCAUACCAAGACUUAUGCCGGAGGCCAGAGGAACUAUUGCUGAGGUUUCUGAUCAGGAGGAGUGCGGUCUGUGGAGCAGCAUCACAGACAGCAACAGCACCUGGAGCAAGGCCGCCUGCUGCCUGUGGAGACACAAAGCCUUCCAACAGCUCCAGCUGCUGCCGCAGUAUAGGUUGAGUUUCUCCGAAUGGCUGCACAGCGAACUCAGAGUUCAAAGGAGUGAAGACGCGCUGUCUGACACACAGCGUCAGGAGUAUCAGCAAUGGGCUUGUAUGGAUUUUUAUCUUCCUCUUCCUGAGGAGCAGGGAGGCUGCGGCGGAGACAUGAAGAACCUCUGCUCGCACUUUCUCAACGCCAUCAUGGACCAGCAGCCAAGCAGUGACUCCAGCCCUGAAAGGCCUUUCGUUCAGCCAGGAACAGCAGAGACAGGAAGCUGCCUGCCAGACCUCCUGUCCAGGUUACAGGAGCUGAUCUACGAGAUGGAGGUCAGCUGUGGUCACAGACUCGAUCUGUGCGACUUCCUGUUUGAGCUGCUGUCUCAGAGAUGCCCGCCCACAGGGACGUCGGCCUCGAUGAGCAUCGGCACUGAGCUCAGUCUGCAGCAAACGCUACACACAUGGAACAGGGUUCUCCCGUCUCUCCCAGCUGUUCUUUUCAUCCGAGUAAAGACAGAAGGAGAAAGAACAACUGUGGAAAUAAACAAGCUAAUAGAACAUGUCAACCAGCAUCAGAGGAGAGUAUGCGCUCCGGCCGGCUUGCUGCCCAGCCACAUAACUGCACACUUCUUGAAGGGCCUAAUAUAUGCUUGUGUGCAGUGUAAAUAUCCAGCAGAAGAAUUGAGCAAAGUCUGGUCUCACAUAGGUCUUCACUGUCCUCUGAUGCUGGUCUCUACAGCGCACUGGUGGCGACGUUUGUCUGCAUUUGCAUUUUCACUCUGGCGGCGCCUGAGUGACGGCGCGUCUCCACCACAGCAGCUGCAGCUCCUCACUGACUGUCAGCACUGGGCCAGCAGCUUAGUGAAUGGUCAGGGGCUGCCGAUGCCUUCAGCUCCAUCUAUUCUUUUGGCGGCCAGCCUUCAUCGUUCUUGGCAGAGCUGUGAAGUAAAAAGCCUCCGUGUUGCCCUGAAUUCCCUGCAACACCAGAAAGAUGUCAAAUAUAAGCAGGUGCUUGUUUUUCUGCUCUUCUUCCACGUCAACGACUAUCUGUCAGCACUUUUGGAUCCUGAGGGAAAGAAUGUAGACCAAAUCAGACUCUUCUGCACUGAGCUUGUCAGCGCGUCGAUGAACUCUGCCGACUGGCUGCUCCUCUUCACAACAGACGAGCAAGGCAUUUAUCAUUUGGUAACCAGAGUGACAUCCGACAGGGUAGCUCUGUUAUUCCCCUGGGCUUUUUGCAGCUUGCUCUUUCAGGAAAAUGCAGGUCUGCUUCAGAGCGCCACACGAUGUCCAGGGUUCCUGCGUACCGCCAUCCUCUGCUACAUCUCCGCUCUGCAGCUCUACCUGGAUGGACAAACUCCAAAACCUGCUAAGCAGCUGCUGGAGCCUUCCCACAUUCUGAGCCUCACAAAGCAGUUUCUCCUAAGUCUGAUUCCUCAAACGUCUCCAGCUUCCGUGUCCUCCAUCCAGCUCAGACAGCUUGAGUCCCGCUGUGCAGACCUGGACCCAGAGUUGUCUGCAGCUCUCUCCAUGCACCUGGACCCCCACAGCCUCAGCCCUGAGAUCGACUUCCUCUGACCUGCAGAGCUCUUCAACCGUGACGUACACCUUUUACGGAGGUUUUGUUCCAACUCGAAAACACGUUUCUGCCACAAAUGUUUAAAAAAACCUGUACAUUUUAUUUGCUUUUUUUUUUUUACACAAUGCACACUUGUUUACACACACAUGUACAUUUGAAGCCCUUCCAUUGCUAGAUUAUAAAAUAAAACUCUUUCAAAGAGUAAUAACUUAAAA